AUGGCUACUGUGGCUAACAAAAUUGUGCUUCAGAUGCACCGGAUCUCAGUUUUCACCGCCGUUGCGGCAUCUGCUGAAGCCGGCAUAGUCGACACGCUCUCAUUACGUGCAGCCAACUCGAAGUUGGAGCUUCUCACCCAACACUGGAGCAAAUUUGCUGAAGACCACGAGAAAUUACUAUCAUCUAAGACCGACGUGACGGUCGAACACAAAUAUUUCACUGACGGUUCGUUUGAGAAGGCUCUCAAACUAUUCCAAGGAGCUCAAGAUGCUCUGCUCCAUUGCAUCCAUGAGGUGGAAUCAGCAUUACCGUCUCAAGGUAGUGUCCUGGCCGACUCAAGUCUCAUCGUGCCAGCUGGAAGUAGGCUUAAUGUCCCUACUAUCCCUGUGCCCAAGUUCUCCGGCAAAUAUCAAGAGUGGAAACACUUCCACGACAUGUUUGUCUCGAUCAUCGGGGAAAAUGCAUCUCUCACAUCAGUUGAGAAGAUGUACGAUUUCAAGUCGGCAUUGGAGGGUGAUGCCGCCCGUCUCAUCGCAAACAUCAGAGUCACUGGGGACUCGUUUGCAUCUGCUUGGGACGCUGUUGUCCAACAAUACGACAUCAAGCGUCUUCUCAUCUCGGCGCAGCUUGAUAAGCUGUUCAGCAUCCGACCAGAUGACAGCGACUCUGCCAAACCGCUCAAGGCAAUCAUCAACACUGCCAACGAGGCAGUGCAAGCUUUCAAGGCUCUGGGAUCGCCCACCGAGCACUGGGACCAGAUCCUGGUCCAUCUCAUCGUACAAAAGCUUGAUAUCUCAUUACGUAGGCUUGGGAAGUCCAUUUAG